UUGAAAAUUUUGAAUUUUUUGUUUUGGAAAGAAUUGCGACAAUAAACUCGUCCCUUUAUCAUUUACUUCUAAUUGGUUGCACAUAAGUUAAUGCCAAUAUGGCCCUUUCUCCGGAGAAAGUGUCAGAACUAAAGCAAAUCAUCCAUACGCAUCUUUCUCAGAUGGAUGUCCAAUCCCGCAUACGCGACAUUCUGUCGGAGAACGUGAGAGGAGAUGAAGUCCUCCACCCUGACAAUUUGAGUGAGGAAGAGCUACUAUUUGCACUGCGGCAGAAAGGCGUGGUUGACGAAGUAAUGCAACAGCUGCAGUUUGAGCGUGCAGAGAAACCUUACGAUGAGAUGGGAUAUGGGCAUGCCCAUAAACGGGCAACUCACUUCGUUGAUAAAGAUGAAUAUGCUACCAGUGCUAAACUGAAAUAUUUAUUUCCAGCCAAUGUUGACCCAACCAGGCGGUACCUCUACCUGCAGGUGAGUGGUGGGAAGGCUUUCCUUGAACACUUUGAUGAACCUGAGCCUCUGCCCGGUCAAAUAGCUGCCACUUUCACCCUCCAUAUUCAUUUCCGGGGUCAGAGGUUUCGAUCACGUCCUGUGCCUUGCGCGUGUGAACCAGCCAUCCAGGAGGGAUUCCUACUUGAAUUACACAAAGAUUCAUCUGGAGAUGGUUCCCGGAUGGCCAACAAUACCACCAUGCUGUCCAUCUGUGAUCCAGUCCAUCUGGUUCUGGUCAAGACAGACGUGAAUGGUGACAGCCACCUUAUUGCCUCGCAUAACCUGGAGUGGAGGAGUGCACUCACGUCCAAACAGAACAGAAUCAACACUGCCAUAGAACUGAAAGGAGUUGGUGCUGAAAACAAAGUCCCUGUUGGUCUCCUGGAAAUCCAAAUGCAGCUUAUCCCAAAAACGCCCGAAGUCUUGGCAGGUGACAUCAUAACGGCGCAGAUCAGUCUCGAGCGAGGCAAACAGGCAGAACGGGAGCGUCUUUUUUUGGUUUACGCCAAACAGUGGUGGAAGGAAUACUUGCAGAUUCGUGGGACACACAGUCAGAGGCUGGUGAAGAUAUUUGCUCAGGAUGAGAAUGGUACAAACCGCCCAGUCUGUUCCUAUCUGAAGCCGCUGAGAGCUGGUAGGCUCCUCGACACCCCUCGUGAAUCGGCACGAUUCGUCAGUUUGAUCGGUUACGAGAAAGUGUUGACUGUCGGAGGCGGUGAGAAGGGAGAACAGUGGACAACCAUGCACGCAUUCCUGUGCAGGAAUAAGGGGGACUGUGAAGACCAUGCCAUUCUCUUGUGUAGUCUUCUCCUUGGUUUUGGCCUUGAUGCAUACGUCUGUGUGGGAACUAAGGCAAAGGGGGCAGCACAUACUUGGGUUGUCACGAUUGGACCAGACGGGCUCAUCACAUUCUGGGAAAGUUUGACAGGACACAGGUAUAUCCAUCGUGCAGUGAACCCAAAUGAUCCCCCAGCUGUACCACAACCUAAGGCCAACCAUCCGUACAGAACCAUAGGAUGUGUGUUCAGUCACCAGGCAUUCUAUGCAAACUGCCAGCCGACAGACAGUGUGGACGUCUGCCUAUUUGACCUCACCAAUGAGUCACAAUGGAAGGCAAUGUCGGAAGAUGCCAUCAGGUCUGUGUGUGGCCUUGGGGCGAGUCCACUCUGGCCCACACUUCCCCCUCUCUGUGCCCCAACCCUUGAUGCUGCCCUCAUCAGCAAUGACCUUGAGCAGGAAUUGCGGUCUCUUGUCUCACAGCACCGUAGGGACCAAGGUCUUGGCACACUCUGGGACGACCAACUGAGCUACUUAUUGACUCCAGCCCUGGCAGCUUAUGAGACCGAGCGCGUGACUGGUCUGUCAGUGGGUAAUGAGGAGUUCCAGCAGGCCAUUCGGAGAGCUGUACCAGAUGGGCAUACGUUCAAGGGAUACCCCAUUCAGUUCGUACAUAGGAAUCCAAGGAAGGCUUUUGCCUCUUGUUUAAAGUCGCCUGUUUGUGAUGAGAUCAUCAACUGUCGAGGAGAUCACGUCCGAUUAGCCGUGCGGGUGCGAGUUUACACGUACCCUGAAUCAGCGGCAUCUGUUUGGGUCAUGUUUGCUUCAAAAUACAAGUCGAUUUUGUAAAAACUUACGACGUUAAGGACAUGUCGAAAUACGAGUUCAUUUCAUGGAAGGAUGAGUAUUGCAGGUGUUCAGUUGUGAUUAGUCACAAAGUUUUAGAUUCUAAUGUGAGUGGGAAAUAAAGCAGGAGUUUUCACUAGUGGACAUAUUGAGACACAAGUUCAUUUCAUUGAUAAGUGCAUCAGGUUUGAUUCUUCUGAACUGAGUGGAAAAAUGGGGACCUUCUGCAGACAUUGAGAACACUUGGAUAGUGAGACACGAGAACAUUGACCUUUAGGACUUUGAGAACCUUUUGGACAUUCUUUGUGGUCUUUUCAAUAAUCUCUGCUACUGUUAUACUUUCCAAUUAGGUUGUCCUUAAAGACAUCUGCUCCUGGACAAUCUUUUGUUUGACAGUGGUACAGUGUUCUUGGACAACCCGUCAUAAUGUGACUUACUCUUGCCGAGGGCUAUGCAUCUAGACCGCCUGAUUUUGUCAACCGAAUGGCUAUCAGAUAUGGUGCAACUUAAAAGCCUUUGUUUUGUUCCUUAGCCUGUCUGGUUACAGGCAAAGAUAAACUCCAAGUAAGCCAAAGUUGGAUAAUAAAGGUGAUCCUGUCACUGAAUAGUCUUCUUAACAGCUUUUAUAUCCAUUUUGGUUUGUUUGAAGUUUGUCCGGUAUUUCUGCUGACUGGUCAGCGUAGUUUAUACCAAAUAAUUUUGAAAAAGGCCCCGAAAUAGUUUAGAUUUUGGUGCAGCCAUGGGGGUUGUUCAUCUCCUGAAAACUACACUAUUUUGGGUCCGACGGUUUCAUAAUUUUUAUGUAAAAUAAGAUUAAUAGUUCUGGUAGUGAGUUUAUAGUGAUAAAGUAUGUAGUUAUAGCCAAAAUAUAUUUAAAAUUAGUGAAGAAUUUGUGAGGAAAUAGUGACACACCUACUGUUCAUGCACAAUAAUGUUUUCACUUUGGAGAUCAAGACUUCAAAGGGAUGUGAUUAUUAUAUUUUGUACUUAGAAAAUAAAAGA